UCGUUGUCUCCUCUAUACCCUAGCUCACUCCACUCCGCACACUAUGAAGAGCAUGGCCCUGAUGACCCGCCUCCUCGUCGUCCUUCUCGGCACUGCAUUGCCGCUCCUCUUCUUCUCCCCUGCAGAGGGUGGCGAGGUGGGCGUGUGCUACGGGAGGGUGGCCACUGACCUGCCGGACCCGGCGUCCGUGGUGCAACUGCUAAAGAAAAACGGCAUCACCAUGGUGAGGAUCUACGACACCGACCCGACGGUGCUGCGCUCGCUGGCCAACACCAAUAUCAAGGUGAUGGUGGAGCUGACCAACGAGGAGCUGCCGCUCGCGGCGGCCGACCAAAAUAAUUUCGCGCUCCAGUGGGUGCAAAGCAACGUGAAGGCCUACUACCCGGCCACGCUCAUCAAUGGCGUGACGAUCGGGAACGAGGUGUUCAAAGAGGCUAGCCAACUAAACUCCCAGCUCGUCCCGGCCAUGAAGAACGUGCAGGCGGCGUUGGCUAAACUUGGCCUGGCGGACGCCAUCAAGGUGACGACGCCCAUCGCGUUCGACGCGCUAAAUCCGUCGUUCCCGCCGUCCGCGGGCACGUUCCGGGACGACAUCGCGCUGUCGGUGAUGAGCCCCAUGGUCGACUUCUUGCAACAGACGGGGUCGUACCUCAUGGUGAACUUCUACCCGUACCUCGCGUACCUGGCUACCCCAGGCAUGUCCAUUAACUACCUCUUGUUCCGCCCCAAUAGUGGCGUGCUUGACACUGGUAGCGGACAAAUGUACUUUAGCCUCUUCGACGCCCAGCUCGACGCAGUCUACUAUGCGAUGGAGAAGCUCCCGUCCUCCAGCAUGCACGUUGGGGGGAUGAGGAAGCUCACGGCAGGAGGUGGAAGCCCAGACGUGCACCAUGGGGAGGAAGGACACCCAAACAAAGGCCACGGUGGCGUAGGAACCCCACAAAACGCCCAAGAUUUCAUGGCUGGUCUCACACGCCAAGUACUGCAGGGUAACUCUGGCACCGCCGCCGCAAACGGACACAGCCCGCUCGCCGCCAGCGCCGUCCGCGGCACCCCGCACCGUCCCAACGCCGAUCUGAACGUGUACAUCUUCGCCCUAUUCAACGAGAACAGCAAGCCCGAAGAUGACCAGGACUUCGGGCUGUUCUACCCGAACCAGCAACCGGUGUACCCGAACCCGAUCGACUUCGUCCAUGGCGGCACCAGCGGCGGGCCCUUGCAGGCAAGCUAUUGCGUGGCGAAUGCGGCGGUCGGGGAUGCGGCAUUGCAGGCGGCGCUGGACUUCGCGUGCGACAACAGGGAUGGCAAGAGGGCAGACUGCAGCGCCAUCCAGCCAGGCCAGCCCUGCUUCGAGCCCGACACCAAGCUCGCGCACGCGUCCUACGCCUUCAACGACUAUUACCAGAAGAACGGCCGGGAUAGAAGCGCCUGCGACUUCAGCGGCGCCGGCACCAUUGUCAACCAGGCACCAUCAGGUGCGUGCGACCCGAGCCCGAGCUGGUGCGUGGCGAACGCGGCGGUGGGCGACACGCGGCUGCAGGCGGCGCUGGACUACGCCUGCGGCCCCGGUGGCGCGAACUGCACAGACAUCCAGCCCGGAGCACGGUGCUUCGACCCCGACACCAAGGUCGCGCAUGCGUCCUUCGCUUUCAACAGCUAUUACCAGCUGCGUGGCAGGGCCACCGGAACGUGCGACUUCGCCGGCGCCGGUACCAUUGUCGGGCAGGCACCAAAGAUCGGCAACUGCGUGCUGCCGUCAACGGCCUGAGGUGAAGAAACUAGCCAAGGCAAAGCUUUGCUACCUACGAGAUUAAGCAAUAAUCCUACGGAUUAUCCUGUGCUGUCAACAAAGUCUAGUUUUCAAAUGUUAGUUUGGCUUGGUCCUUUGAGAACGUUGCCUUUUUGUUCCCUUAGCCCUGCGUGGCCAGUUUCAGGGUUUUUUUAGAAAUUUCUGGCUUAGCUACUCUGGCAUGGCGUCAACGCUGUAAACUGUCAUGGCUUUGGCUUGCUCCAUUUUA